ACUCAAAUCAAUCUACCCGUUCCCCUGGGGAUUCCACAAUGACGCUUCUCCCUCAUUAGAGACCAAAAACCGCUAUCGAAAGGGUAACCCGGGUUCCCGUGGUUGCAGAUAACAUACAAGACAAUGCAGCGGUUGGAAGAACGCCUAAACGACUCUCAAGAUCCAGGACGCUGCAUUCUCCCAUUCCCCGACCCUACUAUGGCUGGGGAGCAAAGUGAGGACCAGUCAUUUUAUGACUUACUCGUGGAAGAUCCAGAGCUUCCGUUAGGACAGACGAUAGUGCUGUCACCACUAGGUCAUUCUCAACAUCAGCAGCCCAUUUCAUCGCCGAAUCGAACCAGCCGCGAUACGCCGCAGCCGCCAGACCUGACCGAGAUGGAGACCCACCAGCAGCCGCAUCACCCUGUCCCGGCAGACCCAAUGUCGAUAGCUUGGGGUUUAUCCGGCGUUGAUGAUCAAAAUCCCCAGCUACAUCCGGCGCUUUUCAAUUUUAUAGUCCCAGGGACUAUGAUCCCUGCCCCUGACAACACAAGCAGACAUCACAGCCAUCUCCCGCAGGCGUACAGCAGCGAGUUCGUCACACUGUCCAGUAUACAAUCUUGUGGCCACUAUGAUAGUGGCUUUCCCGGCCACUGGGAUGGUACUUUGAAUCACGGAACUAGCACUCCAAGAGUAGCGAUACCCAUUGGGCAGGCCACGAAUAAUCCUAGGGCUGAGCUAGACGUGGCGCCCCAAGAUAACAGCCCAACACCUGCUUCGCAACCAAAAAGAACUCCUCGAACGCGAAGAAAAAAGAAAGAGGCUCACAACACAUCUGAGGUUUCUCAAGGUGAUAAUAGUAGCGCUGAUGCCGGUGCUCCUUCGCUAUCUGACGUAGCUAGCCCCAGUCCUGCUUCACACAACAGCCACACAAGUAUUAGUUCAAAGCCUACAUCCAUGGAACCCACGACUUCGAUAAUAUCGAAUUGUCAGAGACAACUUCGUAUUGCCUCUCGAAUAUCCAAAAAUACCCGUAGUCAACUUAAUGGUGCUCCAGAAGAGCGCCGGGCUCGAGCAUCCCAUAACCGCGUCGAGAAGCAUUACCGCAACCGCCUCAAUGCUCAAUUUGAAUCCCUUCUUAAUGCUUUGCUGGCGAAAGUCCGGCAAGGUGACAUCAGUAAUGGAGACGAUAACGAAUGGGAUGGCACAAGCGAUCUGGACCGCCGAGUGAGCAAGGGCGAGGUUCUUGAAAUGGCUCGCAAGUGUAUACAAGGGCUGGAACGAGAGAGCAAUGAGCUCCAGCGCGAGAACUUCGAGCUUAAAGGCAGCCUUCAACGACUUAAAGGAUCUGCCUCUGAUGGCACCGUAUCCUCGUCUGAACCGGAAGCACCAUUCAAUUUCAAUUAAUGUGUCCAAUACACAAGGUUUUUGACUUGACUAUCGCGGUUGCUUGAUUAUGUAACGACCAACCACAAGUAAGGACUU